GCAGCAGUGCACAGUAAACAAGAAGCAUCAUCUCCAUUGCAUUGUCAGUCAGAAUACAAGAGAGAGCAAGGCAAAUGUGUGCGUUUCUCUAGUUGACUUCCUAAAAAAAUAUAAAAAAACACAAAUUCUUGACAGCAUUUAUUUAGUUAAUUCAUAGGUUUACGUGGUGGUUAUCGUAUUAUUAGAUGAGAGUGCGAGGACAUAGUAAAAGUGCGUGAGCUAGAGGAGAAGAAAAUCCAGAUUUGUUCCUGGAAAACGGUUAAAAGAUCUAGAAUGUAGCAUCCCAUUCCAACUGGACGUAUCUGCACGAGAGCGAGGGUGUGAGGAUGGUGGUUGUCACUGGCCGGGGGGCAGCAAGUGGAGGGAGCAAGGUCAAUAAUAAUAAGGCUGCAACAUCCACCAAUGCCAAGUUAAAAUCUAAGGAAAAGGACAAAGUUCCUACAACUGCUGCCAAAGGGAGUAAAACAAAGGAGAAGGAAGUCGUUAAAAAAGUUAAACGGAAAGAUUCAGAUAACAUUAUUGUUGACAAAUUACCUGGUAAGUCGAAGAAGGAGGAUGCAUCAUCUCUACCGACGAAAGUCAAGGCUGUAAAAUCUAAGGCUAGCUUAGAGUUAUCCAAUGCUCAAAAUAAGGAAAAACAGAAACCUCCACCGACGAAAAAUCGUUCCUCACCUUCAAUCGGGUUAACAAAGGUUGGAUGCAACAAUAAUAGCAGUUCGAUCAGCUCGAAUAACAAACCCAUCUCCGUUGUUCCAAAUCAGCAGCCCGUAGCAAAUAAUAAAUGUAUUCGGACGGACAACAGCAUGGUAACUUUGAGUACAAAUGGACCCAGAAUUCAAGCUCAGCGAAAAUUUGCUCAAGCCGGUAACAUUUAUCCUGGAACAAUGUUGUUUAAUCAAAACAUUCCUAGUAACAGCCCAUACGCAACGCCAUCCAAAGAAACACCAUUCAAGCGAUCUCAGGAAGGAACAAAUUGUUCUUCUUCUUCUUCGGCAAAGAAAGUAAAAAAACCAAUGUUUUCUCCGCCACCUUGCAAACGUCCGAAAACUGAAGACUUCUUGACAUUUUUGUGUGUCAGAGGUACAUCUGCUCUUCCUCCAGAAUUUGAUUUUUUCAAAUUUCCACAAGUUUUGGAAUCUGAAGCACACGUUCCUCCGAGAAGGAAAAUAUUCCCACAAACAUUCUGCACUCAGAGUUCAAGGACGGUUGAACUUCAGACUGAUAUUAACGUUAAAAGCGAUAAUCAAUUAAGCCAAUUAAGUAAUAAAAUUAACAAGAGCAACAUUGUUUUAAAACUAAAAGCACAGAGCAAGCUUCAGCAAGCUAGAAAGAUAGUCAAAAAUACAGCAAAGAAUUCUGAUCUGGUGACAAAUAAUUCAGAUACAACGACCAAGAAGUCUUCCAGUAGUAGUAGUGCCCCUGUUCCCGUUUGCAAAGCUGAAAACCCUACAAAAGGAAUCCGAGCUACUGCCAGUAGUGUCCUUUUUUCAAAGUUACGGAGAACAUCUCCUGUGACGAGGGCAAGACCAAUCUUGUCACCACCAAGAUCUCGGCUUAACGAACAAGAUGCUAGAUUUGCCAUGACCGCGCUUAAACUUAAAUAUCAACGAUUAGCCGUUAGUAAGUCAAACCGGUCAGCAAUUUUAACAAAGAAAGCCAAAGAGAGUAUUAUUUUAACACGAUCGAGGUCGCAAGGAAAACUGUCCCCAAAAAAGAGGAAACUUUUACCUCGAACACAUAAACCUGUUAUAAUUUCUCCGUCUAGGAAUGCUCCAUCUCCAGAUAUUAUAUUCGGCGUUACUUGUAGCUCUGCUGCAAGGAAGCGAGCAGUUAAAUCAUCCUCUGAAGAGUCCGAAUCCGAGGAGGAAGAACAAGUGUCCAAGAAUAAUAAAUCUUCUGAAGAAGAAGAGGAGGAAGAAGAAGAAGAAAAUAAUGAUGAUGAAGGUUCUGCAAAUGAUGAUGAUUCAGAGUCGUCUGGAAUGGAAAAGAAAAAAUCUUCAACGCCUCCACUAUUAUUGACACGUUCCCUUCGAAAUGGUAAAGAGUUGACUAGGCCAAAAUCCAAGUCUCCUCGUCCGGAGAAGAAGCAGCAGCCGUCUAAUAAGAUGGGCAGCAAUAAGUCGUCCGGUCGAGUUGGCACUCGCUCUGCACAUCGAUUAACAAAGUCGCCUCUAAGAGAGAUUCCAAUGUAUAAACCAAAAAGGCUAAAAAGAAAACUAUUUAAGCCAAAUUCCAAAGCUGAGAAAAAAGGAACGAAUAAUAAAAACAAAAUGAAGGAUGAGAAAGAUAAGAAACAAAUAAAGGACGGAAAGGAAAAGAAGGAUAUUAAAAAAAUGCCGUCACCAAAAAAGAUUGUGACGGACGAUGGUAAACGCCCAUCACGUAAGACGAAAGAAACUGCGACAAAUUUGCUAGGACUACUUACACAUGGAUUCAGUACUGAUGAUGAAGACAGUGAGAUUGAUAGGAAACGUGAUAAUAAAAAUGAAGACUCUGAGGUUGGCAGCAGCAGUUCGUCGGAAGCCCAUUAUCUGGAAAAACAUUAUACUGCUGCACUGCGACGUGAGGAAGAAAAGUUUUCAAGAAAUAAGAAUCCCAAGUCAGGAAUGCAAAGACGGUCCUCCAGGCGCGAUUCAACAAAUGAAUCAACAAAAUUUGAAAAUAAAAGGGAUAAUAAAACCCCAGAGAGGAAACUGCGUAGUACAAGGUCAACAUCUGAGGAUGUAAAAUCCGAGUCUCGUCAUCUUAACAAGAAGGUAUUAUCUGAAAAUAAAAAUAAAAAAGAAGCUCCAAGCACCACAACACGAACACGACGACAUGGGACACCGACCGUCGGUGAUAGGAAGAUGCCAGGAGCAGCAAGAAAAUCUGCGUCAAUUACAUGCCGUGGAAGAUCCCAGUAUUCAUCAUCUGAAAACGAAGAAGAUUCUUCUAGUGAUCAUCAAAGUGAGUCAGAGGUUGGAAAUAACUCAGCAGAUAAUGAGGAAAACAAGAAAGACGUUAAACACACAAGUUUAGCGAAUAAAUCUAGACGAAAGGAGACAGUAAAAGAUAAAUUGCGACGAAAAAUUACAAAAUCAUCGACUUCAUCAAAAUCGGUGCGCGGUUUUAAAUCCCGAAAAUCAGAUUAUUCCGACGACGAAGACGAACAGUCUGAAGAAAAUGCUAACAGUAAUGAGGAGGAGGAAAAUCAAGAAGAAGGGAAAGAAAGCGAGAAUGAAGUAGAAAAUUCAGAGGACGAGGAUGCGGAAGAGGUGAAGGCAAAAAGUAAAGUCAAAAAGAAAAAGCGGUCCAGCCCGAACCUUUCCGAUGCAAGGAGGAGGCAACAAUCAUCAACACAAGUAAAGUUGAAAAAAGAAAUAAAGAGAGAGCGAAGUUCGUCAAUGUCUUUGCCCAGGUCCGAAAAAAGUUCAACUCCAUUCGAGAGGGAAGAAAGCGUUGAAACUGAGCAAUGCAAACUUAGUCCUCGUAGUCGACUGUCACGAUCUAGAUCCCGUUCUGGGUCAUAUGAUAAAUCCGACAGUAAUUUGGUUGAAGAGUCGUCAUCAGAUGAUGAAGAGGAAGAAGUAGAAGAAAAUAUAGUUGAAAGAGAAAUAUCUUCAAGUUCUGAAGACGAAGAAGAAGAUGAAGAAUCCGCUCCAGAAAAAGUGGAUGUAUCUACGCAAGUUGAUAUGGAUGAAGAAGAAGGGAUAGCAAGACCAUUAGUAUCAUUGGCCGAGUUAGCUGGACUUGUUCCACCACAAAAACCUCUUCCUCCUCCUGGGUCAAAAACACCAAAUAAUGACUCGGACGAUGAUGUUCAAGAAAUUGGUGUAGUAUUUGCUUCAUCUUCAACGUCCACAAGUUCUAUGCCAGCAAGACACUCAAGUUCUCGAUCUCCCGAAAAACAAUCCUCCAAUAAUUCUGCACCAUCAUUAUCAGCAUCUGGACAUUCAGCUAGGACGCACGGUACACCACCUUGUACUUCGUCAUCGUCACCUUUCCUCCAUCAUCAACAUCCGACUUCCCCCUUGUUAGCACCACCCCUUCAUCAACAACCACCUCAGUAUCAUCAUCAUCAUCAUACUACUACUACACCUCCAAUUAUUGACCCGUUGCUCAACAACCCGUUUAAUCCCUUCAUGCCUCCACCUCCUAGAUCUGCAAAUAUUCAGCAAGAUUUUUAUACCCCACUGCACUUGGGUCCUCCUUUGGUUCAAUCUUUUCAACUUGUGGGGGGCACAUUAGGAGGAAUUGGUGGUCAUUUUCCAGUAACAAGUCCAUUGAAUACCCUCAGCAUUCCUGUAACUGUCCCUUUUUCUACUCACCAUCUUCUUCCUCAUCAUCCUUCUACCAUGGGAUUUGCGUCGGGAUCAACAUUCCAUGCCACCACCAUGCAAACCCACAUACGAAGUGUUGCUACCAAUUUAGAUAUGGGCAGUAACAUUCCAUUAGUUCGACCCAUGGUUGGAUCAGAUCAUCACUCAUCUUCCAUCAAUUUCAUGUCUCGAGGACCAUCGCUUGGACUCUCUUCUAACAUACCGCUUACGCGUCCACCGGUCAUCGGAUUGGGUGGAGUAUGGGGUCAUCAUCAUCAUCAACCACAAAUUGAUCCAAAUGCAGCUAGUCGAAACCAUUAUUCUGCUUUCAGAGUACCACAUUUAAGCAGUACAACUGCAACUCAUACGACACAUACCACCCAGCAUGUGAUUCAUCACCAGUCAACAACAGUGCUAGGUAUGAAUUCCACUCCAGUGCUUCCAGUUUCCAUAAUUCAACCUCAAACACAUCAACAGCAAAAUCAAACUAAUGUACAAUCACAACCGGGGGGUUCGACGAGUCAUUAUCAACAACAGUACCAUCAAAACACACCGAAUAAAAGUAAAGCUGAGAAACAAAAUACUUCUAGUAAUUUUGCAUCAAGUACUUCAACCUCCGCUUCUACGUCUUCCUCGUCGUCAACAUCAACGUCAAUGCCUUCUCAACGACCGAAAAGUCCAACUCCUCCUGGUUAUCACUUGAUUAAACACUUGCCCAAUGUAUCAAUUGUGCCAAAAUUUGACAGAGACUCUCACAAUGCUGCAGCUAGUUCUUCAUUGUCAUACAAGAAGCAAACAAAGAAUGGUUCCAAAAAUGAAAAGGACGAACCCAGAGAAAAGAAAAAAGUUGGGAGGAAGAAGAAAGAAUCUGCUGUUCUUCCUCAUCCAUCAAGCCCUCUAACCGUGCGUAAGGAUUCAAACCCUUCAACAUAUGCUCCAAAAAAGCAAAACAAACCUGGUGGCAUGGACAAAGACCCGAGUAGUAGUUGUAAAGAAGGGAAAACCUUAAAGAGUCAGAGUUCAUCCAGCUCCCAGCACCAGUCUCCUCCUGUAUCAGCUACAAAGUGCCCACCGAAGCAAAAAAUGGGCAAGGAUGAAGGUGGCAGACUUGUGAAGAAGAAGGACACAUCAAGAAAUUGUUUGUCACCUGUUCCUUCGUCCAGCAGUACAACUGCUCUGAUUACUAGCAGUAAUAACCCAAAAAGAGGAAAAAGUGAAAGCCCUAAGACCAACAAAACCAAUAAGAAGCAUGAAAAAGAUUUAGAAUCGUCAUGCAGUUCUUCUAAAUCACACCACAACUCCAACCCACCUUCAAGAACUUCUAGUCCAAAUGUUCAAUCAAAAUGUAAAAGUAGUAAUAAAUUUACAAACGAUCGAGUCGCCAAACCUCAAAUCGGUAUAACAGAAGCUUUUACAGAAGCUCCCACUUUUCAUCCCACAGACCAAGAAUUUGAAGAUCCGCUAAAGUAUAUUCAGAAAAUUCAGGCCGAAGCUGAGAAAUAUGGGAUGGCCAGGAUUGUUCCACCGAAAAGCUUUCGACCCGAAUGCAACGUGGAGGAUGACAUGAGAUUUACCGCAUAUAAUCAUUAUAUUCAUAAAAUGUAUCAACGCUGGGGGCCUAAUGUACUUGAAUGUGAAGCCAUUAAGCAUAAUCUCAAACAGAAUCAGGUGGACGUGUCGGAAAUUCCAGUGAUUGGAGGGAUGGAAAUCAAUUUGUCUACAAUGUAUCAAACGGUGAAAAGUUUUGGAAGUUUAAAUGAAGUGAUCGAGAAACAAAGAUGGACCAAAGUUGCAGAUACAAUGCAUGUUCCUAAAGCCGCCCAUGACAGAGCUGCAAAACUGGAAUUAAUUUAUCUGAAAUAUGUGCUACCUUACGCCAUUUUAUCAGAUGUUGAACGGGAAAAACUAAAAAAGAGAGUUGAGAAAAAGUGGACAAAACGACGCGAAACGAUAUUGAAGGCUGCUGAGAGCUGUGAGGAUGAAGACCUGGAUGAAGAUUCAAUGGACGAGUUGGAUGAAUGCAUUGUUAAGGGCAAGACGACACCCUUGAGCGCAUACUACAGGGUUGCCAGAAAUACGUUAAACCUUUUCUUUCCAACGGAAAAAGAGCAUUCCUUUGACGAAAUUGAGGAAGAAUAUUGGAAAGUCGUUCGUGACAGAAAUCGACCAGUUUGCGUUUAUUCUGGAAGCAUUGAUUGUGCCGGCGUUGGAUGGGGAUUUCCUAUACCCAAAGCUUCAAAUAAACACCCGUGGAAUUUAAAAGUAUUAGCUAAUAAUCAAGGGUCUGUGUUGAGGAGCAUGGGACCUGUAAUGGGUGCCACAGUGCCAACGCUUCACGUAGCAAUGUUGUUUACAUCAUAUUGUUGGUAUCGAGAUCCACAUUCCUUGCCUUGGAUUGAAUUCCUUCACUCUGGAGCAAACAAAAUUUGGUACUCUGUUGCGGCAGAAAAUGAAAACUUGUUUCGGUCAGCUUUGACGGACCUGAUGCCAAUGCAAUGCAAAAAGAAACAGAUUUGGCUUGCAUCUGAUUCUGCAAUGGUGCCACCGGAAAUGCUCGUCGCCAAAGGAGUUCCUCUUGUUCGAAUGGUUCAGAACCCUGGAGAAUUUUUAGUAGUUUUUCCUAAAGCUUUCACUUCGGCAAUAUGCACUGGUUAUCUGAUUUCUGAAAGUGUUUGCUUUGCAUACACGUCUUGGUUGCAAACGUGCAUUCAAACUUUCAAGGAUAUUCACGAUAGCAAGGAACCACCAGUGUUCCCGUUGGAGAAACUCUUGUUAAGUAUCCUUCAAGACGCUCGAGCUUCUUUAGAAGUUGUGAGAUCUAUUCUUCCUGAUACAAGACAGCUGAUAAGGGAAGAAAUUGUCUUGAGGAAAAAGAUAUCAACUCUUGGAGUAAAAUUUGGAGGAAAAAUUAGCACUGAUUCAGAGUCUGAUUCAGGAAAUAAAAACUCUUCAAAGAAAAAGAAGGCUGCGCAGGAAGAGGAGAUUGAGCAGUGCUAUAAUUGCAAUUAUACUUUAUAUUUAUCGAUGGUCCGCAACCUGAAGAGUGAUGUAGCAAUGUGUCUGAAACACGCAGUAGAACAUUUUACAAAACACAAAGCUGAUAUUAAGAAGUGCAACCUGUUAUAUGAUUUAGAAGAGUCACAACUAAACAUGAUAUUGGAAAAUGCGAGUAAACGAUGUGGAAACGUGGUAUCAUUAAAGUCUUGAAAAAUCAUAAUCAUGAAACGAAUUUCUUUGUCCAUCCGCUACAAAUGAUGAUUCGACAAAGGAAAAUUACUGCCAUAUCUCAUGCACAAUACUUGUCUCAACAAAAGCGAUGCAACCACAAGAUGUUCUCUUUAUAUUUGAUAAUUAUACACAAGUACAUAUGUAAACGUAAGGGUAAAAUAGUCAUGAUCUCAAACUUGACGAUUCUACAGUGCUGUCUUGUUUAAAUGUAAAAAAAAGUAUUUCAAGUAUUAACUGAAACAUUUGUACGCACUAGCUUAUUGUACUUUAAUUAUUUUAUUUGAAUUGAUUUUAUUAUGACGCUGACAAACUUUCUAUUGCGUUUUAUUAUUUGGAAUGUUUGUUGUAAUCAGUCAAGUUAUGGCCAUAAGAACCUUACGAUAGGUUAGGUUGUUGAAAUUCCAAUACAUUAAAAUAUAAGUAUACUGUAACUAUUUUAAAUAAUAAGUUAGGAAACUACAUGAAUUUGUAUAUACACGACCAGUAUAUUCGACGAGAUAAACUCUAAAUACAAUGUACAAGUCAAGCAGUAUUAUGAAGUGAAAAUUAAACGAAAUUACAAUGUA